CGAAUGAAUAUCACUGCCGAUGUACAUGCAUACGUUCCUGUGUGAAAGUUAUUUGUGCAAGAAAUUUCUAAUCACAUUUACUAACAAAUAUUAAUUCCAACAAGUUCUGUGCACCGUGAAAAGUGUAAUUAAAUUUAUUAAUAAAUAAAAAGGGGUUGUGUCUAAAAAUUAUGUGAAUAUGUGCAAAAUAUAAACAAGUUAAAACAGCAUCAUAUAUUUUCUUUUCCCAUAUGGGAAACAACUACAACAGCCGGAUACGUACACAUUUGAAGUACAUACAAAUUUACGUGCUUUUAAACUCAUGCAUGCAUAUCUACACACAUUGUACAUAAUUAUUCGAGUAUGUAUUUAUGUCGAGGAGCGCGAGUUGUGAAAUGAACAUUUUAUUUAAUGUGCGAUAAACGCUAUUCGAUGAUAACCCGUCUAAUAAACCAAUGAUCGUUAAAUCGGACAUUAAUGCUCUUUUUACACGAACUCCGUUAAUGAGUGUCACCGCUAUCAUGAUUAUAAGAAUAAUAUCGUCAUUUAGUAAAACAAACCUCUGGCCGUUAAGGCACCCAAAAAUAUGUCUAUUAACGGCAGUGCUCCAUAUGGAAAUUCUUACUCUACUUUGUCUCACUCAACCAGUAUCGAGCCAACAACAUUCAUUGGUAAACACACCACCAAUAUUGUAUGUGCCCGAGAGGAACUGGAGAAUACCGGAAACUGAGCAGGUGGGCCAAAUAAUUACUCGAAUUCGAGCUGAAGAUCCAGAAAACGAUGAGUUGGUUUUUGGACUUGAACCACACAAUCUAUUUAACUAUGACGACCACAGUGACAAAGAAAAUUUACCAUUCCGUAUUGAUCCAGUCAGAGGAAUUGUUUACCUGAACGAAAGUUUAACUGGACGAGGUGGAGAAAACUUUUUCCUUUACAUCACUGUUUCCGACGGAGAUUUAACUGCUAAAAAUGAAGUUUUUGUUAACAUUCUUGCCAAGGAUAACGAUACAGUUUCGAACUUUCGGACUCCACCGUCAGUUACGAGUGUGGUACAAAAUUUUUCCCAAAUCCUCCCUCCGUUUGAUACACUACCUGGAGUACAAUCUGUAAGGAAUAAAUAUUCGAACGACCCGCCAAUCCAUCAUCUAUCAUCAAACUUUGGCCUAAAUCAGGGCAUUUUUACAUUCCACGUUCCUGGUAGCAGUUCAAAUCAUGCUCGCCAACCUCCCGUAUUUAAUCUGAACCCUAAUCAACAGGAUUCAAGCUGGCCUACUGCCUCUUCUAAUGCGGUCAGUAAUGGACUGAAUAGUGGCACAACCAUACAAACAAAUACUAUGAUGCCGACCCCAACUACAAUUGACUCUCAAGGCCGCAUCCGACUGACACCCAUCAAAAAUGCGAAUAAUAAUGAUUACUUCAACGGAGUUACGAACAAAAAUUACAAUAACUUCAACAAUGACAGUGGAUCAAAGUCAAAUGUAAAAGAAAAGUUGCCUUCAAGUACAGUUAAUGUGAUUAGUAAUGAUAAAGAUUUAUCUAAUAAAAACCCAUCGGCGAACUAUUCAAUCAAGGCGUUUGUAGUUCCAGUUAUAGUCAUUUCAUGUGGAAUUUUUUUUGCGGUCGCUUUCUUCUUUGGCUUUCUAUACAGAAAACGCUUGUGUGCUAUUAGCAAGAAACUAAAGAAGAAAUCCAAAGAGGAAAUGGCGAAAAAAUCUAACCAAAGCAAUUUGAGCAGUAAUUUAACUGAUGACAGCCGAAAUUCAAUGGUAAUGCAACAUUGGAACGGUCCUACCGCUUACAACAACCGUUACGUUCCGUGGGAGAGAGAUACACAACAUAUCCAGGACGCUUUGGCAAUAUCCCAAUUAUCGACAAACCCCAUGAACAGAAUUAAUCAUACUGGUGACCCAAAUAUGUCAGGCAUCUUUAGAGGAAUAUCGUACAAUAAUAAUAGCAUUAUAGGAACAACGGAAAAUAGUUUGGCUUCGAACAUGACAUAUGGUAGUGCUGUAGUAGGUAACACUGCUGGUGAUGGUAAAUGCCGUUGGGAGUUUCCACGACACCGACUGAAAUUUUUCAACAUAUUAGGGGAAGGCGCUUUUGGUCAAGUCUGGCGCUGUGAAGCAAUAGAUGUUGAUGGUGCCGAAGGCGUAACAACUGUAGCUGUAAAAACCUUAAAAGAAAAUGCGACCGAAACUGAAAAAAAAGAUCUGAUAAGUGAGCUCGAGGUGAUGAAGUCACUUGAGCCGCACAUCAACGUUGUUCGACUCCUCGGAUGCUGCACCGACAAAGAUCCAAUAUUUGUCAUUAUUGAAUUUGUGAAUCGAGGAAAACUGCAAACUUAUCUUCGAAACUCACGUGCAGAAAGGCAUUACGGUAAUACUCAUGGAAAGUCCAACACUUUGACAUCAGGCGAUUUAACGUCAUUUAUGUACCAGGUUGCUAAAGGUAUGGAUUACCUUACAUCACGAGGGAUAAUUCAUAGGGACUUGGCUGCAAGGAACAUUCUUAUCACUGAUGAUCACACCUGUAAAGUAGCGGAUUUCGGAUUUGCGCGUGACGUCAUUACAUCAAAAAUUUAUGAACGAACAAGCGAGGGGAAAUUGCCGAUACGAUGGAUGGCUGUUGAGUCUCUUUAUGACAACAUUUUUUCCAUAAAAUCAGAUAUAUGGAGCUUUGGUGUUUUGAUGUGGGAAAUUGUCACGUUGGGGUCAACGCCGUAUCCUGGUAUCUCCGCAGCGGAUGUAAUGCGUAAGGUGCGUGAUGGAUUUCGUCUCGAAAAACCUGAACACUGCCGACGUGAACUUUAUAACAUAAUGUACUAUUGCUGGGCAAGUGAUGCUAAUGAACGUCCUACUUUCGUAGAGUUGGUACAAAUGCUCGACAAAUUAUUACAUACUGAAAUGGAUUACAUUGAAUUGGAGCGGUUUCCUGAUCACAACUACUAUAAUAUUCUAAAUUUGAGCGGUGAAAAGUUAUAAAACCAACACGAAAUUAUAACUGAAAUAUUGGAAUAAUUAUGCAAUACAUACAUACAUGUACUAAACACAUUUAAUUAAGUGAUAAAUUCCUGUUUUCCCCAUUAGACAUCAAAAUAAAAGUUUUUUCUAUCGAACACACCUAUAGAGCCAGCUUCCGUUUGGCCGCUGUAUGAAAUUAUUUAAUAUUUUAUUUGUAAAUAGAGAAAAGUGAAGGAAGAUCAUAAUUUAGAAGAAAGCUCAUUCUUUUAUGUUCCAUGCACAUACAUAUACAUUGUGGCAGGCGCACAAUUGAAGUUUGUUAUUUAUUUAUUAUUGUUACGGUUAUAUUUAGGUAGGUACUUUGGAAGUAAAAUAGAUUCCUCCAAUUCUGUAUUUUGUAACAUAAGUAUAUUUUAAGCAACUAUUUAAUA